AUGACAACAAUUCGUUACAACAAUAAUUGGGUCCAAUUCAAUUCUCAUGAAAAUCAAUGUUUUGAAGAUGAACACGAAGAACAAGAAGAAACAUUAUCUCUUUCUGAUCUUCCAACCAACAACCAUCAAAUCUACACAAGUUCAAACACACAAGACAAUGAUCAAGAAGACUUCGAAUUCGGGUCGGGUCACGCCAACGCCACCUUCCGGUCACCGGAUAACAUGUGCACCGCGGACCAAGUCUUCUUCCAAGGUCAGAUUCUACCCUUACGCCACUCAAUUGGUUCCAUGAGUGUUGUUAACGACCCGAAAACGAAAAUCCGAAACCAGUUCCAUUCGCACCCGAGUCCGUCACCGCAAAUCCGAACCCGUACCCGAAGUUUCCGGACGUUGUCACGGUCGACGUCGAAAACGACGUCGAUUUUGAGUUUUUUACAAGUGGGGUUGGUUAAACCGCGAGAAAUCGGGUUGGCGGAUUUGAAAAACCGGAGUAAGAGAUCCGGAAGUUAUAACAGUAACAGUAGCAGUAAUAGUAAUAGUAACAGUAACAGUAGUAAUACUAAUAGUAGCAGUAAUAGUAAUAGUAACAAUAAUAGUAGCGGUAUGAAUAUGAAUAGUGGUAAGGAUAAAAACCACAACCAAAAACAAAGACGGAAGAACACGAAGAAUACGAAGAAGAAACGGAGGGUGUUUUUGGGUGGGUGUGAUUGUGCGGCUGAUUCGAUCGAACGUACGAUAAAAGAAAGAGCUCCGAAGGAAAGUACGAUGGUCGGUAACGGUAACGGUAACGGCAGACAAACGGCGUCUCGUCAUCGGACGUUUGAGUGGUUAAAGCAGCUUUCAAUAGCUGCUCCAAGUGAAGCUUAA